ACCUACCUCCUCCGCCCCCGCCUCCCAGAUCCGACUCCUCCUCCCUCCCUCCCUCCCUCCCUCCUUCCUCAGAUCUCCCUCCCGCUCCCGCGCGAGAUCCACCGCCUCCGCGCGCGCCCCCCUCACCGGAGGAGCGCUCGCGAGCUCGGGGGACAGAAGGCGGCCGGACAGGAGCCACAGCCAUGGGGAAGGAGGGCGCCGGCAGCGGCGGCGGAGGCGACGGCGGCAUGUCGGAGUCGGUGAUCCGCAAGGUGCUCGUCUCGUACAUGUACGUGGCGGUGUGGAUCUUCCUCUCCUUCUCCGUCAUCGUCUACAAUAAGUACAUCCUCGACCCCAAGAUGUACAACUGGCCCUUCCCCAUCUCCCUCACCAUGGUCCACAUGGCCUUCUGCUCCUCCCUCGCCGUCGCGCUCGUCCGCGUCCUCCGUGUCGUCGACCUGCCCUCGUCUCCCGCCAUGACGCCGCAGCUCUACGUCGCCUCCGUGCUCCCCAUCGGCGCGCUCUACUCGCUCUCGCUCUGGUUCUCCAACUCCGCCUACAUCUACCUCUCCGUCUCCUUCAUCCAGAUGCUCAAGGCGCUCAUGCCCGUCGCCGUCUACUCCAUCGGGGUCCUCUUCAAGAAGGAGAACUUCAAGUCCUCCGCCAUGCUCAACAUGCUCUCCAUCUCCUUCGGCGUCGCCAUCGCCGCCUACGGCGAGGCCCGCUUCGACGUCCGCGGCGUCGCGCUGCAGCUCGCCGCCGUCGCCUUCGAGGCCACGCGCCUCGUCCUCAUCCAGAUCCUCCUCACCUCCAAGGGCAUCUCCCUCAACCCCAUCACCUCGCUCUACUACGUCGCGCCAUGCUGCCUCGCCUUCCUCGUCGUGCCCUGGGUCUUCGUCGAGCUGCCCAGGCUGCGCGCCGUCGGCACCUUCCAGCCGGAUCUCUUCGUCUUCGGCACCAACUCGCUCUGCGCCUUCGCGCUCAACCUCGCCGUCUUCCUGCUCGUCGGCAAGACGUCCGCGCUCACCAUGAACGUCGCCGGCGUCGUCAAGGACUGGCUGCUCAUCGCCUUCUCGUGGUCCGUCAUCCGCGACACCGUCACUCCCAUCAACCUCUUCGGCUACGGCAUCGCCUUCCUCGGCGUGGGCUACUACAACCACGUCAAGCUGCAGGCGCUCAAGGCCAAGGAGGCGCAGAAGAAGGCGGCGCAGGCCGACGAAGAGGCCGGCUCGCUGCUGCAGGAGCGCGACUCGCACGGCGACCGCAAGACUGACAACCAGGCCUAGCGAGUGUGACGGAUCUGAAGAUCCAACCGCUCUCGCCCGAUUCGGAGAUCUGGUGUCAAUGCAAACACCCUGUGAAUUGGUAACUUGGUGUGUGGUUGCUUUCCAUGGAGCUGGACCCGCAUUUGGUGCAUUUUCACGCUUUGUCCAAUUCGUGGGAUCCAAUCAUCCUAUGGGGAGUCUGAAGUCUGAAGAAUUGGUUGUUUGUUGAGCAUCAGUCAGCACCAUCAUCUACCUGCAGGAGCAGGACUAGGAGAAACUUUUAUCUUAUACACUGCUACUGUUGUUUUGUUGUCAUAUUUUUCCAUUCCAACCCUUAAUGCCCUAGGUCAUUCAUUUAGUGUAGUGAAACUCUACAGUAGCGCAAAUGCCUAAUAGCGAUUUCUAUAUAUAUUGAUUUACUGAGAGUUCCAACUCAGAGUCUGUUCCUUC